UGAAGGAGCCGCAGGCUGGGGCUGGAGCAGCUGGAGGCAGAGACCAGAAGAGGAACAUAGACCUGGGAGCAAAGGCGCCAAGGCUUGGGCGCGAUGGAGUCAGGCCGGUGCAGCUUGGCCAAGAUGCUGGUGUGCCGGCUCUGGAUGACCAUCAGCAAGGCUCUGUUUGCCGAGUUCCUGGCCACAGCGCUGUACGUGUUCUUUGGCGUGGGCUCGGCUCUGAGAUGGCCCCUGGCGCUUCCCUCUGUGCUGCAGAUCGCCAUCACCUUCAACCUGGCCACGGCCGUGAUCGUGCAGAUCACCUGGAAGGCCAGCGGGGCCCACGUCAACCCUGCCGUGACGCUGGCCUUCCUCGUGGGCUCCCAGAUCUCCCUGCCCCGGGCUGUGGCCUAUGUGGCUGCCCAGCUGGCAGGGGCCACGGCGGGAGCUGCUCUGCUUUACGGGGUCACGCCUGGGGACAUCCGAGAAAACUUUGGGGUCAAUAUGGUCCGGAGCAGUGCCUCGACCGGCCAGGCGGUGGCGGUAGAGCUCAUCUUGACCCUCCAGCUCGUGCUCUGCGUUUUCGCCUCCACCGACAGCCGUCAGACCACGGGCUCCCCCGCAGCCACAAUUGGAGCCUCGGUGGCAGUGGGCCACCUCAUCGGGUUCUAUUUCACCGGCUGCUCCAUGAACCCAGCCCGCUCCUUUGGUUCCGCCAUCAUCGUGGGGAAGUUUGAAGUCCACUGGAUCUUCUGGGUGGGACCCUUGACGGGAGCCGUCCUGGCUUCGCUGAUCUACAACUUCAUCCUGUUCCCUGACACCAAGACCCUGGCCCAGCGACUGGCCAUCCUCACGGGCAGUGCAGAAAUGGAGAAAACAGAAGGGGAGGAACCCCAGAAAAAAGAAACCCAGUCCAACUCAGAGGACACUGAGAUGGAGAGUGUGUGUCAGGUGGCAUAGAGCUUGGCCUCUGACCUCAAGCUUCUGAAAAGAGCCCUGAAAGUGGACAGCAUGCUUUGUAUAACUAGAUUUCAGAUUUUCCUGGGGAGAUGGGGGGCUCGCGAGGUGGGGUGGGAAGGCUUGGCCCCUUGACCUAACAGGGUGGGCGGAGGAUCCCCAGCAUUACAUUUCUAGAAGGAACCUGGGAAGCAAAUCUGGUCUUUCCUCCUCUCCCAUCACUUUUAAUGGGG